UCCUGUUGUCACCACCGUAUGUGACCCCCGGCUACAAGAGACACAAGCCUCCUUCUGAAGACACCUUUCUGACUCCUGUUUUCUGAAACCGUCUAGGGUCACCGCCCUAUCCAUGUGUGUUCCCUGAUGGGCAGCUGGUCCCGCGGUGCCGUGCUGGAGCUGUACAGGGCGCUGCUUCGCGCAGGGCGUCACCUUCAGUACACCGACCGGAACUACUACCGCCGGGCCGUGGCCCGUGAGUUUCGGCGCUGCCAGGCCCUGACCGUACCUGAGGAUAAGGAGGAGGCGCUGAAGAGGGGCCAGUUCUUUCUCAACAGCAGGCUGGGCGGGCUUAUGUAGGGCGGGGGGAGGGGAAGGGAACACCCGGUGGUGGGGUCGAGAGGUCGUCAGGAUCUGCAUCUCUCAGGUUUGUGUGUUUUCGGUGGCAGGAUGGCGGGCGUGAACGGAGACCGCAAGGGGAAGAAAGACGACAACGGGAUUGGGACCGCUAUCGACUUCAUGCUUUCCAAUGCCAAACUCGUUCUGGGGGUGGGCGGGGCAGCCAUGCUGGGCAUCGCGACCCUCGCUGUCAAAAGAAUGUAUGACCGGACCAUAAGUGCCCCCACUAGCCCCACCAAGAUGCAGCAGACGGGGAAGAGAAGCUGGGAAGAGCCCGCCUGGGUGGGCUCGUCUCCACGAGUUCUCAACCACGACAUGAAGUCCACGGUUAGCCGCUCCCUGCAGUCUCUGCCCACGACCUCUUGCUCUUUUGAACCAGACUGCCUGCGCAGAGCCACAGGUCGCUCCGCGGUGGGAGGAAGCGGCGCCACCCAGUCCAGCCUGAUGCAGGCCCGCAUGCGCCUGUCCCUGCAGGAGCAUCUGUGGGACUUUUACCAGACGAGGGUCAACAUCCCCGCCGAGGAGCAGGCCACGGCCAGGAGGGCGGCGCUGGACAUCUGCGCCGAGCUGCGGGUCUUCCUUCACGCCAAGCUGCCUGACAUGCCGCUCAGAGAGAUGUACCUCAGCGGCAGUCUCUAUGACGACCUGCAGGUGGUGACAGCUGACCACGCCCAGCUGAUGGUGCCUCUCGUGUUGGAGAAGAACCUGUGGUCGUCCAUCCCCGGUGAGGACACCAUCAUGAACAUCCCGGGGUUCUGGCUCGUCCGCAGGGAGAACCUGGAGUACUUCCCUCGCAGCAGCAGCUACUGGGACCGCUGCAUGGUCGGCGGCUACCUCUCCCCCAAAUCGGUCCUGGAGGUCUUCGACAAGCUCGUCGCAGGCUCCAUCAACUGGCCCGCCAUCGGCAGCGUCCUCGACUACAUCAUCCGCCCCGUGGUUCCCUCGGAGACGCUCACCCUGGAGGUCCAGUAUGAGACGGACCGCAGGCUGUACGUGGACUUCCUGCCUCUGCUGGUGAUGGAGGACGGAACGUCGCUGAUCGCCAAGCCACACCGGCUCGCCGCCGAGCGCCACGAGAACCUGUGGCGGCAGAGCUUCCGCGUGGCGGAAACGGCGCGCCUCCGGGCGCUGGACCAGGAGGACGGCGGCUGCCGGUACGCCUGCCUCAAGGCGGCGAAGGCGGCGUGCAAGCUCAACCCGGCCCUCCACCGCCUCAACUCCAGCCAGCUCACCAACGUCAUCCUGCUGCUGAGCGAGAAGGAAGGCGACUGGACCCGGGAGGCGCUGGCUGACCGCUUCCUGCAGCUGCUGCGAGCGCUGGUGGGACACCUAGAGGCCGGGAGGCUACCGUGCGCCCUCAACCCCAAAGUUAACUUGUUCUGCGAGCUGACGGAGCAGGAAGUGGACGAGCUGGGGUACACGCUCUACUGCGCCCUGUCAGAUCCAGAGCAGCUGCUGAGAACUGCUGCGGAGCCAUGAAACGACUCCAACAAGCAACGAAUUAGAUGCCAACCUCAGUUUUUUUUUAUUUUUGGGGGUCAGAUAUUCUUCAGUUGUGAUGAAGCUCCAGAAGAAAAAAACCUGCAUGGAAAACAAAUAACCUCUUUUUGUUCUUGUUACCUCUAAAAAACCAUCAGUGAGUAACCAUGACACAGUGUUGGACUCUCCUCAAAGCCAUUGUAUUAAUGAAGUUUAGCCUGUUGUGCUCCGUUAAACUCAGACCACCUCUGAGGUCUUUAACUUCCUGUCGUUUAGAAAGAUCAACGCACAAAAUUCAGCUUUAUUUGGGCUCCUUUCACCUCCAUUUUCAGUUACUACGGCUACUGUUACCAAUCUGUUUUUAAUCUCGUUUCAAAGGAUUGAAUGUAAUGUUAAAAGUGUGUGCAUGGCAAACCAAUGUGUAAUAAAGUCCUGAUCAUCUUCAACGACUCGGAGUUCUUAAAAAUAAAACGAUGUAAGAAUCAAAUUUCUGCACAUUUAAAUUUCAUUAAUACAGUGGCUGGUUCACGUAUUUCACACUCCGGUACCUUGCAAAAGUAUUCACACCACUUGAAAUUUUUUUUCACAUUUUUUCAGCUUACAACCAUAAACUUUAAUCUAUUUGAGUCAAAUUUGUUAUUGACCCAAACUAAGUGGUUCAGGAUCUGAAAAGUGUGGCGUGCAUUUGUUUUCUGCCCCACUUACUCUAAAAUCUUUAAAUAAAAUCCRGUGCAUGAGUAAAAUAGACUCAGACCUGUUUAUAUUUUAAUCUACUGAAAGCAGUAUGAAUUUAUUUAUUUAGUGGCAUCAAAACAAAGAUGGCUGAACUCAUUUAUGCCAAACUGCUUCAACUUCUGGCUGAAACAUUUGUUCUCCCUCACAUGUUCUCUUGUGACAAAAUGUGGAAAAAGGUUCAAUUGUGACUUUUGGGCAAUGCUGUGCAAAACCGAUGUUUUGAACGUUGUGGUCCCAGUGCGAUGUAGAAAGUGGUAAAAGUUUUGUUGAGAUUCUAACCGGAGGUGAAACAGGACGACCAUAUAAGGCGAGCAGGAAAUGCCCAAUUUGUUGCCAGUGAGGAUAAAAUAAAAAGCUGCUCUUUGUUUGUUGGAAUAAAAAGGAGUUUUAUUCUGUAA